UAGCUAGCCGUCCGUGUCGAUCGUCGACUCGUGUCGCAGGAACAUAAAAUGCUAUGUAUACAUAUAUAUCUCGCCCCGGUAGCACCUGAUUCACCAGAGAUGCGAAGCAGAUAUCAGCUGUAAGCAAAGCCUACUAGUACUAGUUACGGCAGAGCAGAGAACAGGCGGCCGAACCGAUCGACGACGAUGGUCACCGGCCGGAGCGAGCAGAUGGUGUGCGUGACCGGCGCCGGUGGCUUCAUCGGGUCGUGGCUGGUGAAGGAGCUCCUCCACCGCGGAUACUUCGUGAGGGGAGCCAUGAGAGAACCUGCGGACAUCAAGAAUGCUCAUUUGCAUGUUCUGGAUGGAGCUAGAGAAGGCCUGUCCCUCUACCGAGCUGAUGUGCUCGACCGCAACAGCCUUCGUGCUGCGUUCGCCUUAUGCGAUGGCGUUUUCCACGUGGCAUCGCCAGUCUCAAAUGACCCUGAACUUCUGCCAGCUGCUAUCGAGGGAACCAAGAAUGUCAUCAACGCUGCUGCGGACAUGGGCGUCAAGCGUGUGGUGUUUACUUCGUCUUAUGGUGCUGUCCAUAUGAACCCUAACAGAAGAUCUGACCAGAUUGUUGAUGAGAGCUGUUGGAGUGACCUUGAGUUCUGCAAACAAACACAGAACUGGUAUUGCUACGCGAAGAUGUUGGCCGAGAGGACGGCGAUGGAGGAGGCGUCGAAGAGAGGUGUGAAUCUGUUGGUGGUCGUGCCGGCCGUCACCGUGGGGGAGAUGCUGCAGCCGACGCUGAACGCCAGCGUCCACAGGGUGGCCACCUACAUGAGGGGCACCAAGAGUGCGUACCCGAACGCCGUCGCCGCGUACGUCGACGUGCGCGACGUCGCCCGCGCGCACGCGCUGGUGUACGAGCACCCCGACGCGCGUGGCCGCUACCUCUGCAUCGGCAGCGUGCUGCACCGGUCCGAGUUUGUUCGCUUGCUUAGGGAGCUCUUCCCCCAGUACCCUAUCACCUCCAGAUGUAAGGACAACAGUAAGCCAAUGGUGAAACCAUACAAAUUCUCUGUACAAAGGCUGGAGACUUUAGGCAUGCAGUUCACUCCUUUGAAAGAGAGUUUAUACAGAACGGUAAUAAGCUUACAAGACAAGGGUCAUCUACCUGCAGCAAUCUCACGCCGUUCAGCCCUGUGAAUCAUGAUCAGCCCUGGGAAGAUUUGAAUAAAUUGAUUGCGAAUCAUGAUCAGAUAUAAAUUAAAGGGAAGAUUUGAAUAAACUGAAUCUGCGUGUAUGCAUUGUGAAAAGGAAUGGAGUUGAAUCCUAGUGAGUCAAUGAUUAUCGUUAAGAUUAAUUUCUACGAGGACUUUAAUGUUGAUUUUGCUAUGAACUACCUUCUCUAUUCUAUACUAGUGAAAUCCACACUUGACUAUGCAUAAGUAGUACUCCCUCCGUUCCAUAAUCGUUCUAUUGUACACGGUUACUGUAGCCAGCUUAGGUUUUUUUCCUAGCAAAAGACUAAUCGUUCUAUGCAGCUGUCCGAUCGGACACAAAUUUUUUCUAUAAAGGAAAGAGAAAGAGUCCUUAUCUAC